UCCCCACCUCCCCCUCACUCCAUUUCUCCUCUUCCUCUUCUCCGACGAUCCAUAGAUUUAAUUCAGUCCCACCACUGCAACGGCCUCGCUUGCUCCGAUCAACUAUAUAUACAAAAAUGGCGACGCGGACGAUGUGGGUGAACGGCCCCAUCAUCGUGGGCGCCGGCCCAGCGGGGCUCUCCGCGGCGGCGUGCCUCCACACCCACGGCGUGCCCUCCGUCGUUCUGGAACGCGACGACUGCAUCGCCUCCCUCUGGCAGCGCCGCACCUACGACCGCCUUCGCCUCCACCUCCCGAAGCAGUUCUGCGAGCUCCCCGGCAUGCCCUUCCCGGCGAGCUACCCGGAGUACCCAACCAAGCACCAGUUCGUCUCCUACCUGGAGUCCUACGCCGCCGCAUUCCACGUCCAGCCCCGCUUCCGCCAGUCCGUCGCCUCCGCGCGAUUCGACCACGCCGCCGGCCUCUGGCGCGUCCGAGCUUCCGAUCCCUCUGAGAACACCACAGAGUACAUCGGGCGGUGGCUGGUGGUGGCGACGGGAGAGAACGCGGAGCGCAUCGUGCCGGAGUUCGCCGGCGCCGGUUCGUUCAAAGGCCCGGUGACCCACGUGUCGGAGUACAAAUCCGGCGAGUCGUACCGGGGCGCACGCGUGCUCGUCGUCGGCUGCGGUAACUCAGGCAUGGAGGUGUGCCUGGACCUGUGCGACCACGGCGCCAGGCCCUCCAUGGUGGUCCGGGAAGCCGUGCACGUGCUCCCGCGCGAGAUGCUCGGCGUCGCCACCUUCUCCGUCGCAGUCUUCCUGCUCCGCUUCCUGCCGCUCCGGCUCGUCGACCGCAUCCUCGUGCUCCUCGCGGGGCUGUUUCUCGGUCACGACCUGCCCAGGCUCGGGCUGAGGAGGCCGGAUAGUGGAGGACCACUGGAGCUGAAGAACACCAGGGGCAGGACGCCGGUGCUGGACAUCGGCGCGCUGGAGAAGAUCCGGUCCGGGGAGAUCGCCGUGGUGCCCGGGGUGGAGAGGUUCGUCGCCGGCGGGGCAGAGAUGGUGGAUGGGCGGUUCGUCGCCGCCGACGCCGUCGUGCUCGCCACCGGGUACCACAGCAACGUCCCACAGUGGCUCAAGGGAAGCGACUUCUUCAGCGGAGAAGGGUACCCCAAGGCAGAGUUCCCGGAGGGGUGGAAAGGCGAGACCGGGCUAUAUUCCGUUGGCUUCACACGCCGGGGCCUGUCUGGAGUCUCCCUCGACGCGGUCCGGGUCGCCAGUGACAUCGCCACGGCAUACCACCAACAUAGCAAGACCACACCAUCGUCUUCUGCGGUCUGUUCCGUAGCACAGCUCGUACCCUCGCAAGCACAGACAUGAUCAUCGAUUCAUUGCCAUCCUUAACAGAGAACCAUGGAUGGACCUGGGCUGCAUGCUUCGCUGCUUCAGACAUUCUGGCAAGAAACAAGGGUUGUCAGUUCGUCACUUUCAUGGGUACCAGAAGCCACACUAUCUUACAUAGAUAUAUCCUUACUAACCGGCAAGCAUAGCCAAAAUUUUGCCGUGUUUAUGGGCACUGCAUCUGCAUCACCUCCCUCCGUAAUAAUCCAGCUAGCUAGCUACUCCUUGCAAUAAAUCAGUGAGUCUGCAUAUCUCGUCGAGCUGGCCUGGUCUUGAAUACUGGUACUAGAACAGGAGACGACAGGUUGGAUGUUACUGCUGAUGAUGGUAGGAAUAAAAUCAGUAAUCAUGAGCUCCGUCAGUAGGAGGAUCUA